AUGGAUCUCUUCCCCCUUGAUAAACAAAGAUUUGCCAAUGCGAAGGAGUACAUCUUCAAGUUUAGUGGCCUCCUUUGCAGCCUAUCAGCCUUGGUAUUUGAAAUAGUCAUUGCAAACAGCCAAUUCUGGCGCCUAUGGGAAUUCGACGACAAGUUUGUGCCAUUUGUGUCUCUUGGACUGUGGGAAGCUUACUACCCUCAAGAAUUUAAUGUUUCAGGCACUGUAACCAAGAUUCUGGUGCACACCCCUAUCAAUUCAACAUGGACCAUUUCACCUGAAUUUCAGUAUGCACAGACCCUGAUAAUGUGGGCUGUUUUGAUGAAGCCUGUAGUUCUGAUUUUCAGUGCAAUCGCCAUUAAGUUUGGCUGCAUGAAAGACCCAUUUAUUGAGAUGCAGUUGUAUUGCUACAAGGUUGCUGCCUUAGUUUUGUGUGUUAGCAGCAUCUUCACGUUUGUUUCUGUGAGCUGGAACCACUUUGUAGAUCAUUAUGGCCAAACCACUCUUGACUUUCCACCUGACUUUCCGGUUAAAAAAGAAGCCUUAAUAAACAAACACUAUACUGUUGUGUUCUCAAUAGGGGCACUGAUUGCCACCAUGUCACUCUUUGGUGUGAUAUUCUUUCUCUUUGAGAUAAACUCUUUGAAACGAAAGAAUCAGGUGAAGGCCAAGUGUGCUUCCAUAGUGGCUGAUCAAGAGAUAUAA